UAGGUGACGGAGACACGGGCAGUUGGAGCUCGGCCCACAAUGGGUUCGCGGGGUGUGGGGCAUGGUCUUGGCAAAUGCAGCAGUGGAUGAUCAUCUUUCAGCCGCCAGCAGCCAAGCUUCAAUGAAGUUCCCAUCAACAACACCAACCUCCCGUCAACUCGCAGCACCUCAUCGCGAUUUCUUAGCCGCGUUUCCAAUCACAAUCCGCCCGCGGUCCCACGACCGAUUGAACAUACAGACAGGAGCCAUGGACCUCCUUUCGACCGUCCGGAAAACAGGUUCACGCGGUGGUGUCAAUUUCAGUUGGGAUGAUGUCGCCACAUCUCAGUACCGCGAAAACUACUUGGGCCAUAGCCUAAAAGCGCCCGUGGGGCGCUGGGCCAAAGGGCGCGACUUAAACUGGUAUGCCAAGGCAGACUCGAGUGCGGCAGAUUCGAACGAGACAGAGGAGGAGAGGGAAGCCAGAGAACGUCGCGAGGAGAUCCGCAAGAUCAAGGAAGCCGAGGAAGAUGCGAUAUCGCGAGCGUUAGGCUUGCCCAUCAAGACACGCGAUGUGACAGGCGCAAACGCAGUAGAGGUGGAAGGAUCAAAGGUCCCGACCCGUGUGGCUGAAGAUGACAAGGCGACGACGCAGGCACCGGCACCCGAUUCGCGGAGAGAGCGACGCAGAGAAUCGGAUCGACAUAGAGACCCAGAACGCCGGCACAAGAGGAGGCACAGAAGCAGGGACCGUGACCAAGACAGGCACCGCGAUCGCAGCCGGGAUAGGCACAGGCGGCGGGAUAGCCCGGAUGGUAGAGCGAAGGACGGCGGCCAGCGAAGAAGAAGCCGUAGUCCAGACCAUGGCCGGAAUCGGCAAGAGAGACGGCGGGAUGAUAACCGCAGCCGCAGUCGCAGCCGCGAUGGGCAUCAUAGGAGGCGGGGUGACGGGGCACGUAGUCGGAGUAGGAGUCGAGGUGGAGCUGAAAGGUCAAGGCACCACGAGAGACGGCGCAGUAGGAGCAGGACCAGGCGCCGUGACCAGGAUUCGGAAAGAUGAACGAGCCAGCAGCGCAUAUCGCUCAUGUAUACCAUAUCAGACCGUCUUAUCACUUGAGAACAAGCUUAGUAUGCUUCGUCUGGUGGGCUUCACAUUACCGGUAAACGUGUAUGGUAAUUACAUACCUUGAAUUCGUAUUGAUAUCAUGGAGGACAGCAUGCACCACUGGGAUAGGAGUGGCGAGCUCACCACCUGCGCUCCAAUAGCUUUCAGCGUGGUCGCCUCGAUUCGUUUGGAAGUCUUCGCGACCAGUGGCGACUCGGCACGCGAGUGAGUGAGAGCUGUUGGGGGCGGGGCAGUGCA